CGCCAUUUUAAAUUUAACUGUCAUAGAUUAGUUUCUAUAGGACUUAUUUUAUUUUUAGUGGAGAAGAAAUAUAACGUGUCAUGUCUGAAUGUUGGUUGUGGCACUAUACUAUCGUUUUUAUUGUAUUUUUGAGUUUUUUGUCGUGCUGUAAAGGUUACAAAACAGUCGUGUUGAUUCAUGGAUUAAAUGAUAAUGAGCAUACGUUUGAUUAUCUGUCAUCUUACAUUAAAAAAAAACAUCCUGGUACCAACACUACAAGCCUAGCAUUACUAGAUGGAUGGGAAAGCUUUGCUCCUUUGUGGUUUCAGAUUCACCAUUAUGGUCAGUGUUUUAAGAAAAUUAUGAAAGAGAACCCAGAUGGUGUGAACUUGAUUGGAUAUUCUCAAGGAGGCUUGGUGGGACGUGGCUUAAUAAUGUCUUUGGAUAACCAUAACAUUCAUAGUUUUAUAUCUUUGAGCUCUCCUCAGAUGGGUCAAUUUGGAGAUUCAGCCUUGUUUCACAAGUUUUUCCCCAAGUUGAUCAAGGAAUAUGCAUAUAAGUUUUUCUAUACAGUGAAAGGACAAAUGCUUUCAGUUGGAAAUUAUUGGAAUGAUCCCCAUCAUCAAGACUUGUUCCUAAAUAUGAGUGCCUUUUUACCAUUUAUAAACAAUCAAAUUUCUCAUCAACGUAACAACGAUUUUAAAAGAAAUUUUCUUCGACUGAAAAAUCUCAUUCUGAUUGGUGGACCUGAUGACGGUGUUGUGGAUCCAUGGCAGUCAAGAUUUAUCAAUAUGACACAUUUGGACUGAAGAGUUUGGAAGAACUUGGAAGGGUCCAUGUUAAAGUUAUGGCUAAUGUUAACCACUUUGAAUGGCACAAAAAUCACACAGUUUUUGAUAAAUUUAUUCUUCCAUUUCUUAAUUAACAAGAAAAAAAUGCUGUUGACCUACUUAUAACAUUUUAUAUAUAUAUAUGUUUAAUUAUAUCACUUAAAUUCUGAUUUGUAUUAUAUAUAUUUUGUCACUACAAUCUUAUACAUAUUAAUUAUAAUCAAGUUUGAAAUUUGUUGUUUUGAAAGUGGAUGUAUAACAAAUAUUAUGUGAGGAUAAUUUAAAGUUUUUUUUUGCGUAUUCACUUCUAAAGCCUUGAUUUAAUGAAAGGUUUACUUCUGUAAAUUACAAGCUUUUACUCAAUGAUAAACAUAUUUAGGAUAUUAUUUUCAUUUAUUCAUAGAAAAUUGUUUAACCCUUUUUCAAAAAAGUAAUGCAAUAAACAUGCUUUAUGGUGUGUGACAUUAUUUCAAAUGUUCAUUAUAGAAAUAAUUUAUAAGGGAAAAAUUUGUCAGUGGAUAAUUUGAUAAGUUGUAAGAUAAACAACACUUACAUAAUUUGGUAUUAUUUAAAACUAUGCAUUUAUAAUUAAGUUUUUAUUAAUUUUUAAUCACCUUUAAAUUAUAUAAUUUUUUCUCAAAUAAUUAAAUCUGGGAAGCUAGUAUAAGUUGGGUUUGUGACAAUUAAAACGUAUUAUUUUUUGUACAUGUAUCAAGGUCAAUAUUUUUUAAAUACAUAUUCUUUUUUUUAAUUCUGGUUUACUUUUUGAAUAUUUUAUGAAGAUAAUGUUGUGGAGGUGUUCUUUAGAAACAGAUCUUAAAAACCUGAAAAUAAGCCUGUGACUUUUCAUUCCUUUAUUUAAUGCUACCUCAACUUAUUUUUGUCUAGUUUGGUGUUGUAUUAAGAUAAUGUAAUUCUUUGUUAAAAAGUUAAUGUUUUUGGAAAUUGAAAUGAAUGAAAUGUAUGACACAGUUUGAUACACAGUGAAGAGAUGAAUAGAAAACCAUUACCUUUGUCCGUCCAGUUUAUUGAAUCAUUAUUACAAAUUAAAAUUCAUAUUGAUUAGAAACACUUUUUUUUUCUUCAGAAACUGUUGAUUUUUAUAUUUUUUAUUAGUUAUGCUUUCAGACUGAAAGUCUGCUGGUGUUUGAGGUUGUAGUUUUUUUUUAUGCCUACUACUAUGUCCAUCCCAUAAGAGCAAAGUUUCACUUGGUGGUGGUUAUGAUGUCGGUUGAAUUAAAAUGAAUAUUUAUCGUUAAUUUGAUUUGUCUUAAGGGUGUGAAAGUAUCUUGCUGUAAUAUUUGAACUGGUGGGAGAAUCUCAUGUUUUUUUUAUAUUCUCAUCAAUGUACAAAGUGGUUAAAACCAAGCUUAGAUAAAGCUGGUGCCAUAAGAUUUUUUUAAGAGAUGUAACACAUCUCCAGGAGCAUGAUUUACAAUUAACAAAAAUUUUCGUAUUUCUACAAAUAUCUGGCCCAAAAAUAACUUACAAGAAUAAUAUGUAUUGAAAACAUAUGCACCAUGACUGUUUCAUUAUUACGUCUAGUUGUGUCAGUGAUUACCAUAAGACAACCUAGAUAGCAGGGUUGUUGCAUGUACUCAAAGUAUUAAAGGAAGUAUUGUGGA